AACACACCAUCAAAAUACUCAAUUGAAUGCAGAAACAAGAAAAUUAAGCUUAAAAUCGUCAUGUUUGUCAGUUUUGGGUCGUCUUUGCAUUCUCAUCUUUUGCGGGUACCCCUGUAUGUUUUAUCCCCCCGUCCCCCUCCCCGCUGGAGAAAGCAUCAGCUGUUAUAGUGUAGGUCAGCUUUAACUCUAGAAUCAACAUUUAGAUACAAUUCAGAAAUAUUAAUAGUAAAUCAAAUAGAAAACAUGUAAUUGAUCAUAUCAAUUGAUCAAGUGAACGUUAAGGAUAAAUAAUUGAUCUCCAAUGAGAUAUCUCACAUCAUUAAUGUGAAAAGAAAAAAUAGAGGUUAGAAUGGAAAAUCUACUUCUAGCAAUUGAUAAAACAUUUACAACAAAUCAAAUUGAGUUGAACGAAUCUCUAAAUUAUUUUGAAACGGUUUCUUUGAAUAAUUUUCCAUGGUUAGUUUCUACCCUAGCGGAUAUAAUCUGUGUUCAGGAUACACUACCUCUACAUGUUCAACAGCAAGCAGCUCUUCAGUUCAAAAACCUUGUUAAACUCAAUCCACAAUCCUGGUUUGCUACCAGCUUACACAUUAGAGAUAGGAUUAAACAUCAGUUACUCGCAAUCUUCGAAGAAGGCGUCAAUAGUUUCGGAGGACAGUCUCAGUGUGUUCAUGCCUUAGGAGAUCUAGAGCUAGCUAAAUCCUCCUGGGCCCAGCUUAUACCAACCUUGGUGAAAACAGCGCUAACUCCUGGUCCUAGUAAAAGCAAGGUUCGAGCUCUGGAAAGUAUUGGAUAUAUCUGUGAGACUGUAUCUCCAGACCAGAUACAGGAACACGUUAAUGACAUGCUGACCGGUCUUGUCAGCUGUGUCUGCUGUAGGGAAAGUGCGGAGACUUCCGUGACAGCUUUGACCGCACUUUACAACGCGCUGGAAUUCUGCGCGCAAAACUUUGCUCGCAUAGCAGAACGAAACUAUCUUAUGCAGGUGGUCUGUGAAGCUACCCAACGGAAUGAGAUUGAAAUUGUAGUUUUAAGUUUACAAUGUCUCAGCAGAAUAGUUUCUCUGUACUAUCCACUGCUGGAGGAUUAUCUUAAACCGGCGAUCUGGCCGAUUUCAAUAAACGCCGUUUCGUCAUCCGUUGAGUCCCUAGUUGUCCAGGGAUUAGAGAUCUGGAACUGUUUAUGUGAAUCUGAACUUGAACUGAUUGAGGACGGAGAUGCAGGUUCAGGAUGGAUCCAACCUGUUCUCCAGGAUAUAGUUCAACCUCUAGUCCUAGUGAUGAUCAGAGAUUCAGAGACAGGAGAUAACUGGAGUAUGAGUAAAGCUUCGCAAAUUACCCUUCGUUUACUCUCCCAGGUGUUAGGAAACCAUAUUCUGCCACAUAUUCUGCCCUUUAUUCAUGAAAACCUGACUAGUUCUAAUAUUCAAGCUCAAGGAGCAGCACUCUCCUGUCUUGCAGCUAUACUGGAGGGUCCAGAACAAUCAGCUCUUAUCCAGGUCAUACAGGCCUUUACAGGUUUGCUCAGCAACAUACUAAGUAGUGAACAUAUCAAGGUUCGGGAGACUGGGGCCCAAGCAGUUUCUCAGCUCUGUCUGCUGCAUCACCAAGCACUACUGGAGAUAGGACAGGUUCAACUUGUUCUUCAAGUACUCAUCCUUAAUCUCCGGUCCCAAGAUGUUGUAGUUAUUUAUAACUGUUGUUGGGGAAUAUCAAGCCUAGUGGAGGCCUGCCAUCAUGAGCUUGAUGUCAGGAGUUCUUACCUUCCUUGUCUUGAGACCUUGUUCUGGCUCACAGAUCCUGAUCUACCUAAACAGGGCAAUGUUCUCCAGGUUGGAUAUGAAACACUGACUGUAGUUCUCAGGUUCUGUCCUGCCGCCUCUAGCUCUAGCCCUGGCCUGGAGCAAGCUCUACAAAUCAUUCUCUCAAGAAUAAUGAAAGGAGACAACGCAGGAAUGGCUUCUCAGAGCUAUGUGUUCCAAGCAUUGGAGAGUAUUGUGGAUGAAGUAGAUAUAGAAACCUUAUCCAACAACGCUGAAUCCAUUCUUUAUUAUUCCUGUUGUAUUCUCUGGUCUGAGUCUAGAUACAAGGAUGAUGUAGUAUCAGUCCUUGGUAAAAUGCUUGCCAGACUCAGUUCUCAGUUUCUACCUCAUGCUCCUCAAAUACUUACUCUACUUUCAGGAUGUUUGAGCACACCUGGAGAUAUUAGUUUGACGCAAGGAGCUCUUGGGCUAAUAGGAGAUAUUUACAGGAGUUUAAGUGAAAACUUGUUUAAUCUUCAACAUGAUCCUAAUAAUGUAAUAACUCUUAUCCUAAACUUACUAAAAGAUCAAAAUGUUUCCAGUGAACUAAAACCAUCUUGCUUUGGAACAUUAUCUGAUGUAAUCAACCAUGUUCAAGGAGAAAUUCAACCCUUCCUUCAUCCCAUUCUUGCUGUUCUUGGUGAAGCUGGAAUUGCUUGUGUUCAAACUCCAGAAGAGAAGGAAUCUGAAGGAGUCUGUAAUGAGCUAACUAAAAAUGUAUUGGACACCUUCUCAUCCCUGAUCCAGACACUGGAGUCGGAACCAUGGUUCAGGGAGGCUUUUUCAGAACAAUAUCUCCGCAAACUUUUAGAUUUUAUCCAGCUUUGUGGAAACUAUUAUAAAGAUUCUGAAGACACAUUUGCUUCACUUUGUGGGCUUACUGGAGAUAUAAUUAAAUUUAUAAACGAUACUGACAUUGAUGUGGACCAAACUGGGAUCAAGGAUAUUAUUGAAAAGGGUUUAGCUUCAAGAUGGAGUAGAGUAAGAAAAAUAGCUAAGUGGGCAAAAAAUCAAACUAUCCCAGUUGGCAGCUCUGAAGUGGUAAAAAAAGCUCGCCUUUCAGGAUCCGGCCUCCAAGUUCAAACUUCAGGAUCCGGCCUCCCAGAUCAAACUUUUUUCAUGAAAGUAACAUUAUCCUGUAGUGGGCAAUAUAUUACUCAGCAUAUAGAAGAAGAGUCUGUAACUGUAUUCCUUAAACCUGCAGUCAAGACAGCUGAAGAGGAUUCUACCAAUAUAUCUGCUACAGUUCGACUGCCAGCAAGAAGAUCACCAGAGAUAAUAUAUACACCAGUAAACCAUCCACCAGAGAUGAUAAAUGAGAUCCAAGACAUAUCUCAGCUCAGAAGAUUACGGAAGAAAAGAGUUGCUGUGAUUUCAGAUGAAAGAUCAAAGAGAUCAAGGGACAUGGAAGCGCUUUGGUGAUAUUUUACAUGGAUUCCGAAGACUCCAUGGUAUUGCACCAAUGGCAGCCAAUUUCAAGUCAAAAGAGAUUAAAUUAAUUCUCAAUUUGUGAUAUUUUUAAAUUUUCAUUGCCAAACUACAUAAUAAAAAGACUUUU